CAACUAUUUCAAGACAAUCGGAUUUUCGAUUCUACUCCUCCAAACUUCAAAGCUUGCGGAUGGUUUGUGUCAGCAUGAACGGUUGGCGUAGUGGUCUGCCCAUUAACAUGGAAUUAGAGUCACUCACUCGAAUUCGCGCGCACCGUCAGGUCGGAGUGCAUGGUAGAUCCAGCUGAGUAGCAUAGGGUAUUGAGAUCAGGCUGUAUUACCCGGUAACGGACAUUAAGCGCAGGAGUCACGAGUUGUGACAUAACAUAUAUCUACAGGCUCGUAGUGGCGUUGCUUCCUGAAACCCACUGUUCCGCCUAAACGAAUGCUGUCAAAUGUUGCUACAUUGGUGAAGUAGCAACCUUUUUCACAUCCUCCAGCAUGACGACCCUUGCCUCGCUGCCCUCAGAGCUUCUCCAUCUUAUUCUCGAAUGGCUAGCGGACAUCGACCUGCGCUCCCUGUUCGCCUCUCGACGGACAUGCCAUGCUUUCCAAACACUCGCUACAGACAUUCUUGAGAACCCCAGUUAUUUAGCACGUCAUGGCGUUUCCAUCAACAAGUUUCUCCAGUCGCACUUUGGCCCUAUCCUUGACAGCUCUGCCGCGGGAGAAGACAACCAACCUAGCUAUGGCCAAGGAUACGUGCCAUAUUUUGGACUCCCCUGGACAGUCGAUGCCAACGUCCGCGAGACAUACCUACGAGUGGAGGCCAGCUGGCGGCGCAUACCGCUGUCCUCACCCUCAGGACACAUAGUGCGCAAGCUUCAGCAAAUAUACUCGUCAAGCCAAUACGACGACGAAGGAAAGGUAUCACUCAAUCACUUAACUGGAGGCGAUGUAUGGUUCUACAACAUCGCCUCGGACGGCGCAGAGCGGCACCAAUUCCCCGAAGGUGUACCCCUGGGUCUCCUCUACGACAUGAUCCUAGGAUACUCUGAAAGCCUCGCAUGCGGUGGGUGGGAAUUACUGUUUGACACAAGCGUCGCGGAUUGCGAAAGAUGGAGACGGCUUGUGGGACGUUGCACGGCUCCGGGCGAACAUGUGAGACAUGAAGACGUCAAGGCGCUUUUUGUGCACGAACCGAAUACGGCUCUUCUGUACUUUCCUGGAUUUGAAAGAGAUGUGGGUGCCGACAUGGAUUGA